AAAUGAAAAAACACGUUUAACUUAUUCUGGGAAUGUCGUUGAAGUAGCGAACAAAUUUAAUGAAUACUUUUCUUCAGUCGGAGCAAAAGCGGCAGAAGAAUCCAAAGCGUUGAUUACUUCAUAUGGUCUUACAUCGACUCAUCCAGAGAUACCACAUAAAUUUAGAGCAGAAAUUGACAAGUUUCAUUUUCACCCUGUGUCCUGUGACGUGAUUCGUAAAAUUGUGUGUUCUUUUCCAUCCAAUAAGUCCCCUGGACCAGAUAAAGUUUCUGUGAAAGUGAUCAAAGAUGCCUUACCAUACAUUCUUCAACCUCUUACGGAUAUUGUUAACUGCUCUUUAAGAGAAUCUUUGUUUCUCAGCGCCUGGAAGUUGUCAGAAGUUAUUCCCCUAUUAAAAGAAGGGGAUCACGAAAUUGCUAAAAAUAAUCGGCCAAUUUCCUUGCUACUUGCUGCAUCAAAGAUCUGCGAGCGUGUAGUUUUGGAACAAUUUACCGCAUAUGUGGAACAGAAGAAAUGCUUAAGCGUGCACCAAAGUGGAAACAGGAAGCUGCACUCCACUGAAACAUUGAAUUUAUUUAUAUCGGAUAAGAUCUUAAAGUCGUAG